AUGGCCUCCAGCGGGGAGGAACCACGGAGCGGCUCCCCGAACCGGGCAGGCAGCGGCGCCGAGCCCCCACCGACGGCUGACGCCGCUCAGCUGGACACGACGGAGGAUUUUGAGGUCCUGGAGGAAGAAGAGGAGGAGGAGGAGGACCUGAGCGAGCUGCCUCCCCUGGAGGACGUGGGCAGGCCACCCGCCCCGCCGCGGGAGGACACUCAGCCCGCGGGGGAAGCAGCGGAGGACCCCCAGGAGUGGGUCGAUGUUCUGGGGAGCGGUUUGCUGAAGAAGAAGACGCUGGUGCCAGGGCAGGGGGUGGACACUCGCCCCCGCAAGGGCCAGGACGUGACCAUCCGGCUGGAGGCCAGGCUGGAGGACGGCAGCGUGGUGGAGGAGGACCCUGCCCUCACCUUCACGCUGGGGGACUGCGAUGUCCUGCAGGCCCUGGACCUGUGUGUGCAGCUGCUGGAGAUGGGGGAGACAGCUCUGAUCCAGUCGGAUGCAAAGUACUGCUACGGCCUUCAGGGCAGGAGCCCUGACAUCCCCCCCAACGCGGCCCUCACCCUGGAGGUGGAGCUGCUGGCAGCGCGGGACGGGCCGGACCUGGAGCUGCUGAGCGGGAAGGAGAAGGUGGAGCUGGCCAACCGCAAGCGGGAGCGCGGCAACUUCUUCUACCAGCAGGCAGACUACGUGCUGGCCAUCAACUCCUACGACAUUGCCCUCAAGGUCAUCAGCUCCAGCUCUAAAGUUGACUUCAGCCCGGAGGAGGAGGCCGAGCUGCUGGACGUGAAGGUGAAAUGUCUCAACAACCUGGCAGCCUCUCAGCUGAAGCUGGACCAUUAUGAGGCAGCCCUCAAGUCCUGUAACCUGGUCCUGGAGCACCAGCCAGGGAACAUCAAAGCCCUCUUCCGGAAGGGCAAGGUCCUGGCUCAGCAGGGUGAGUACAGAGAGGCCAUCCCCAUCUUAAAGGCAGCAUUGAAGCUGGAGCCUUCAAACAAGACCAUCCACGCUGAGCUCUCCAAGCUGGUGAAGAAGCACGCGGACCAAAGGAGCCUGGAGACAGAGAUGUACAGGAAGAUGCUGGGGAACCCCAGCGCUGCCAGCACCCCGGGCAAGUGCAAGGACAAGCUGCCCUGGUCCAUCCCCUGGAAGUGGCUCUUCGGCGCGACCGCCAUCGCCCUGGGCGGGGUGGCAUUGUCCGUGGUCAUCGCGGCGAGGAACUGA